AUGGCAUCUUAUCUAAAGGCUCUGGGCCCUGUCUUGGUCCUACUGUCCCCACUAUGGGGGCAGCUCAUUGAAGAUCAGAACCACUCCCGGAAGGAGUUCAUGAAACAGCACCACCUGAGUCCAGCCUUGGAAUUUAACCAGUACAAAUGUAAUAUCCUCAUGAAGAAAUUACAGUCUGUAAGGAACAAGGCCUCUCACAUUUUCCUCUAUGCUCCUUGGUACCAAAUUGAUAAUAUUUGUUUCAAUAAUUGGGUAGAACGACACAAAAAUGUAUAUAUAUGGGGACACCAAGCCUUCAAAGUACUCAAGUGUAGUCGGAAGAAUAAUAAAAGUAACUACAGAGAGACAAGGAGCUAUAGCCACAUUAAAUUUCACUGUGGUACAAAUGGAUUUGUGGAUCGUAUGCGAGAUAUGAAUGUGCUGCAGAUCAUCCCCACCUAG